AAAAAAAAUUUAAAAAAAACCCUUUAGUUCGCCAUCAAUACCCUAACUUUUUCUAUGCUCGCUUGCGAUCGAUCUCAUUUGAUCUCCUAAACUGCUUGAAAUUGUUGAAUUUUCGUUCCUCUCUUCAGUAUUAUCUUUAAUUAUCGAUAAUCCCCUCGCUCUUGUCAUCAAUUUUCCGAGAUCUCCUUGUUAUAGGCAUCAAUUUCGUAGUUUUUGGUUGAUAUAUCACUCAAAUUAGGUUGCUUAUGCUGAAUCUCUGUUUAUUCAUUGCACGUUAUGGGAAUUGUUUUUGCUUAUGGGAUUUCGAAACGAUCGACGCAGAGAAGUCAAUAAUAUAUAUCACAGGUGACAAAGGAGGAGCUUGUCUAAAAAUUAUUCUAGAUUGUGAUAGUUGCUGCACUUAGCGAGUUGGCCGAGGUGACGAAUUAUCGAGUGAAAAGAGAAAGGGCUGCAUCUACUGCCCCCGUGCAUAUAUGAGUGGAGAUGCAUCACAGGAUUCACAGCCAACCAAAAAACAAGUUAAUGAGCGAAUAACAUCCCAAGUCCCAAAGACAACUAUUAAAUGGGGACCGUUUUCUCCACCAGCUGCCACUACAACAAAGGUUUUACCACCAUCUUUGAAUACAUCAACAAGUGCACAAAUGCCUGUAAAAGAUAACAAAGUUAGAGCUAUAUGGAAAAACCCACCAACUGGAACAUCAAGUUCACAAAAAGCACUAACAUCAACUAAUAACUCACAUAAGGCACCUUCACCUAAGGUACCAGCAUCAUCAACCUUAUCAGGUUAUGGUAAAGAAAACCCACCCAUACUUUCAUCCAUGAGCUUACCUAACAUCCCACCUUCUAUUACAUCAAAGUCACUAAAAUAUCCUUCUACAUCCUCUUUCAAUUCUGAUCAGCCCUCCUCCUCAAACUUAGUCAAUUCAAAUGAGAAAAGCAAAAAAGAAGAUGUUCAUAUUGAAACUGAGGAAAAGAAUUUUGAGGAAACAAAAAAAAAGCUCAAAACCAGUGAAGUCUCUACGAUCAAAGUCACAUCCUGAUUGGCCUAUGACUAUAGAUGAUUUUGAUGACAAAGAAGAGGUUUUGACAGUGGCUUUAUUCAAUUUUUAAGUCCCUUGCUUUUGAGCAGAUGCUAAUGGUAACAUUGUAUACUUAAGUGGUUCUAUUCAGCCUAUUGAUGUUUGGAGUAAUGACGGUGUCAGAUUCUAUGUUGAAUUUAAUGAGUUGUACCAACCCAUUCAAAAGGUGGACAUAUUUUAAUCCGAUUCCUUGGUCACAUUGCGAAGAUAGAGACGUAUUGUCCACUUAGAGAAGAGGAUUGGCAUACUAUUGAUGAGCAUUUUAAAAAGAAGAUAAUUAAUGAGAUGAGAGUAUGUAUCAACUUUUUUUCUAUUACUUGUCAUAAGAAACUACUUUUUCAUUCAUGAAUUUAUUUAUUUUUACUAACGUAUAAAUACUCUUAUUGAAGUUACUUGUUUUUCAUGUAUAAGGAUCGCUUUGAGAUUCCCAUAGGUGAACUAUAUAACAAAGCAGUCCUCAAGUGUGUUAAUAAAAGUUGGAGGCAAUAUAAGCUUAAGAAGGAUUACUACAAACCAACAGAGAAAACUUUAGAAGAGAUGUGUAGCGCUACACCACUGCAUGGGAUUAGUAGUCAAAAUUGGAUAAAGCUACUUAAGUAUUGGGAUUCAGAGAAAGGGAAAUCACUAUCAGCAUGUGGUAAAGCAGCAGGGGCCUCCCUAAAUCAAUUACAUAGAUUCGGUUCUAACAGUUUUGCGAACAAACAAGCUGACCAUGAAGAUGAGCAUGGAGAAAAGAUGAGCUUAUUAUCUCUUUGGAUAAAAGCUCAUACAGGCAAGGAUGGAAGUUCUCUUCCAGGCACAGUGACCGAAGAUUUUGUGGAUGAUGCAAAAGCUAAAGUUGAAUAGUUAAGGUUGAUAAACCCUUCUAAGUCCCAACAGGAACUUAAAGAUGAAGCCUUUGAGCUGACCAUGCAUGGUGGAGAGAUCCCUGAUCGUCCUACAGGUUACGGACUUGGGGUUCGAAAGAGCGACAUUUACGGGGUGCAUGCUUUGCUAAGGAAGGACGGGUCUAGAAAAAUUAAACAAAGGACUGUGGUGUUGGAUAGUAAUGUGAAAGAAGAAAUGUCCGCUUUGCACAAAAAAAUAAAGUACUUGAGAAGGAAAAUGAAAAGCUAAAAGACCAAGUACAAGAGAAUAAUAUUCUUCUUAAAACCCUUAUCGGACAUUUUUCUCAAAUUGUUGGUGGAGUUAAUGGUGGAAAAGGUUCAACAGAACUUCUUAACUGUACCAAAUCAGUCUUGAGAGUGACAAACCAAUAUGUAAUUAUCUCUUUAUUUUGAUAAAAUUCAAGAACAACAAUCAUUUUCAUAUAUUGAAACUGUCAAUAUUCUCUUGUGUUGUC